UUUUAUGGAAAUAAUAAAUAAGGAUAUAUUAGCUGAAUGAGUUGGUCUCUGUUUACAACCAGUUUCCAGCUAUGGAGACCAGGACUAUACUUAGGCUAGUCACCAUAGCAAUAUUUUUCUGUAUCUGCAUCUUAGUACUUUAUCCAACAAGCGCAGAAGGAACAUACCUUGUCAGAAGAAGAGUAUAUGUACGCAAAGGAUAUAAUAACCACAGAAAUCGCCUUAUCAUCAAACGAAAAUUCAGGCACCGGAUAAAACGAAAAUUUAGGAUCCGGAUGAAACGAAAAUUUAGGAUCCGGAUAAAACGAAAAUUUAGGUCUAGUUCGUCUGGGAGCAAUAGAGUGAGAAGGCAUUACAAAGGCCGCGUUUGGAGAAAAUACCAAAGGAGGUCUAGGAACAAAAGAGUGAGAUUUGGGAGAAGACGUUACAAACGUCCCGUCAGGAGGAAAUACCAGGGAAGACCAAGACACAUUAUAGUGCACAAUCGUCCUUCAACAACCAUACACGUCCACUACUACAUCCGGCCGUCGUAUUUACCGCCUUACCUCCCACGUGGCUGCGGUGGUCGAUGUGGCCGAAACGCUUUCUGUUGGAGAGGUCACACGUGCGUUUGUAGACACGGUUAUAAAGGGAAUCCAUUGAAAAGAUGUUACCCAGGGGGAGGUCCAUGUGGCAACAGAUGUGGUAAAAAUGCCGUCUGCAGUGCUGGGAAAUGCACGUGUAAGAAAGGAUACUGUGGAAAUCCGUUGGUAGCUUGUUUCCGAGAAUAUAGAUGCAAGAAAGGCUGCGGUGCCAAUGCUGUAUGCGAUAAGCGCACAGGAAAAUGUCAAUGUAAACCCAAGUUUAUUGGUAACCCACAUGUACGCUGCAUCUCGCUGUACGGGUGUACAGGAGGUUGCGGCCCUAAUGCCGUGUGUAAGAAUGGUAAAUUCUGCGCCUGUAAGCCAGGCUAUGGUCCUAACCCUGUCAUUGGGUGCAAACCAGUGCCCGGAUGUGUCAGGAAAUGUGGACUCCAUGCAUAUUGUGACGCACCGAACCGGAAGUGCGUGUGCAGACCUGGAUACGUGGGAAAUGCCUAUGUCCGAUGUCGACACAUUUACUCAAUUCCUUGCGGAGGGAAGUGUGGUGAAAACGCCUUCUGUAGAAAAGGCGUGUGUGUCUGUAAACCUAGUUGUCAUGGCAACCCAUACACAAAUUGUGUGAAAGAUGCGAAAAUAAAAGGUUAAUCACGAA